AUGACAAGAAACGACUUGGAGAUGUUAAUGUUAUACCUUAGUUUUUCUACAAAGUACAACAUUUGAGGAUUAAAGAUGGAGAGCCUUGUGAUCAGUCUCAUCUUCCUUUGUGUCAGAGACAUAACCCUCUUCUGCAAAGAUCUUGACCAAAGUUCUCCAAUAUCGAACGUGCAACGAUCGUGCAGGGAAUAUCAUCAUUGCAAACUCCCCUGUCUCAAUCAACCACGUUGUCAACCCAAAAUAAAAUGUAUGAUAGAAUGGAAGUAUGGAUCUGGAACCUCAAAAAGUGUCUUAUACAACGAAUCUGUAACCUUGGAUCGUGAAGGACAUCUUCAUUUUCUGAACAUAAGCAAAUCUGCCGGGAAUAAGAAUUACACUUGUGGAAUGUGGAAUGAGAGGAUAAAUCUAUACAGAAUGGUCAGCAUUACAUAUCUCAAGAUAAAUGGUAACUGA